UAAAACUUGCUGCGCGGUCCACACGAUAGGAAGAAAAAUGGCUUCCGACAGCAACCGGAAGGCUCCCUGCGGCAAGCCUCAGUUCCUCAAGGUGCUCUUCACGGACUUCAUGGAGAAGAUGCCGAUCCCGGCCAAGUUCAUGCGGCGGCACCUGGCAGCGGAGCCCGGGCUCCGGCGGGCCACCCUGAUGAGCCCGUUGGGCAAGUUCUGGCACGUCGACGUGGUCCGAGACGGCCACGGCGGCGACAGCGACGUCUACUUCGCAGGCGGCUGGGCCGAGUUCGUGAGGGCCAACAGGCUGGAGGAGGAGAACUUCCUGGUGUUCAAGUACGAAGGGAACAUGGUGUUCACCGUGAAGGUGUUCGAGACGUCCGGGUGCAUCAAGAACUACGACGACCUCGUCGUCGCCGGCGCAUUGUUAGAGCAGGCAGCACCGAGGAAGCGGUCCAGCACUGGCUGUGGAUCGCAGCCUACCUCCAAGGGCCAUGGUGGUUCACAUGCUCAGAAAACCAGGAAGGUCAGUGACAGGAGCCUUACCGGUGAUGGUGCCAUACAGGCAAAGAAGCAGUACAAACCUCGCAGGAUUCUGAUGGAAGACAAUGAUGGCGAGCAAGAUGCCACCACAGAGAAGUACGCCCAAGCGGACACCCACUCCGGCAUCGCAACGGAGGCCAAGGAGUCUGACUACACCGGCACCCUCCCUUUCUACGCCAAGACGGCGACUCCUUGCAACAUUCGCUACAGCUACAUGGCAAGUUCUUUAGCUUGUUCAAAAUCAAAUAUAUACUCUCUAGUUCAGAUAGACAUGCACUGUGAACUUAUAAAGUUCUGCGUCAUGAACGGCAUCGCGACGAACCGGCUGAUGAUACUCAAGGACUCGGGCGGGAGGUCGUGGCCCGUGAAGCUGACGCUGACGAGCGACCAGGCGCGCAUGAAGGCCGGGUGGGGCCACUUCUCCGGCCACCAUGGGAUCAAGGUCGGGGACCUCUGUGUCUUCCACCUCGUCGACGAGCACACCUUCAACGUCAGCAUAAGGCGGGCCGAGUAAUAAUGAAGUGUUUUGGCUACUGGUGCUCUGUGUGGGAUGUGCCUUUUUUCCAUACUGUCUUGGAUUUGUCCCU